AUGACGAGUCAUCAUGAGCCGUUGAAGGCCCUAGCGCCCAUCGAUUGGAACGACGUACCAUGUCGAGACCGUCAGUCUUUCCUAGAAAAUGCAUUCAAGCAGGCCCAAAUCGUCAUCGACUCAGUCCCUCGGACCGUGACGCCCGCCGCAAAACCAACUCCGACCGGACGAGCCCGAGCAAAGACCGAUUCGGCCGUUGUGUACACGGAUAUCCAACGCUCACUGUCGUCACACCAGUCGCCCGCUGCUGCAGCUCUAUCUGCACAGCUGCGAAAGGAAUGGAAGGAGAUCAAGACAAACCCAAAAGACAACCCCUUGGCCAUCAGUGUGUACCGGCUCGCCGGAAAAGAUGGCAAGGGCGCGUGGUUUGCUAGGCGCAGUGUCCACGAGGGCCUGACAUUUGAGCAGUGGAAAUCAGGACUCGAGAGAGAGUUCGCCGAGACCAUCAAGGCGUCUGGAUCACCGGGAAGCGGCAGCAUCCGCGGAAUUGGCGCUGAUAGAAAUGUUGAGCAUCACGACGUCGUGGAUGUCGGCCAUGUUGACGUGUUUCAACUUUCUGCCCAAUUUCCGGGGCCAACCGCACCGCGCGACUUCAUCACGCUACUCCUCACAUCCGACUUUUCCCAUGUGAAGCCUGACCAACAGCAACAACCAGCGUUGCGGCAAUACAUGGUCGUGUCGAGGCCGUGUCUUCACCCAGACUGUCCUCCUCGCCAGGGCAUAAUCCGAGGACAGUACGAAUCAGUGGAAAUCAUACGAGAAGUCCUCAUCAAUGGUGAUGCUGCUACGUACAAGAGAUCGCUUUCUUCGGGUCAUUUGUUGGCCGACGACAGUCGCAAAUCCACAUCAGCUAGGCGGUCUAGCGAUGACUUCCAGACAACUCGAGCUAUCGAGUGGCUAAUGGUGACGAGGAGCGAUCCUGGUGGUAGCGUGCCGAGGUUUCUCAUCGAGAGAGGGACUCCACCGGGCAUCAUUGGCGACGCAGCAAAGUUUCUGAGAUGGAUCUCAUCCACAACCCUCAAAGAUGGCACCUUUCGCCCUGAUCAAGAGACCAGUCAGGACAAUCAGAAUGACAGGAACACGGGCAGUGGCAGUGUCAUCGACGGAAACACGCCGGCCGUUGUAGCCAGCCAUGAUGCCGCAACAACCUCGCAAGAUGUGUCGCCGAAGAGCAAUCUAGAUGGCCAGGAUGACGAACAAGGAUAUGGCGAAUGGAUCCCGAGCAGCACCGGCUUGUAUGGGAUAAUCGGCGGUGCAUUCGGUGUCGCGAGUUCAAUUGCUUCUGGGCUGCGGUCGCAAUUCAGCAACCCCCUGAGCUUCAACAGCAGCCAGGACAGCUUGGCAGAUGGCCAACUCAUGCCUCGAGAGGACGGAGACGACGACGCAUCGCAAAGCGACGCGACUUCCACUCGCAGCUUUACAUCGGCACUAGAUAAAGCCCUGACGCCCAGAGGCCCGGACAGCUUGACCGACAGCAUCUCGGAAGAGUCGAGGCUGCAACGGCUCCAACCAGCGGAGAAGGAUCUCCAGAAGCUUGUGGACCGCCACCAAAAGAUAGAAAGGAAUCUCAAUCAGUUCCGGGAGCGGAUGGAAACAAAGCGCCUCGGCGAAAAGGAAAAGGACGCCGCGUCGCAAGCUAAACUCCGCGAGAGACACGACAAGGAAAUUGCCAAGCAAGAGGCCAAGUACAAACGCGAGAUGCGGAAGCUCGAGGAGAAGCGUGAGCACGAGCAACGAAAGGCCGAGGCGCGGAGGAAAAAGGCCGCCGAGAGGCAAGAAAAGUCGAGCCUGACGCUGGAGUUGGAGAAGGUGAGAGCGGAGAGGGACGUUUCCACGAAGCAGAUUGAGCUGCUGCGCGGCCAAGUCGGCGAGCUCCAGGCGCAGAACACCAUGCUCGUCGCGAAACUGGGACGUAUGGGCGCGUUGAACAGGGAGGACUCGUCAUCUUCAAAGACAAAUUCUAUCAAGUCGAUGAAAUCUUGA